CUUCUACCGCUGUAUUGUUCUUCCAACGGGGUGCUGACCAACGAAACACAGCUAUGCCAGACUUCUUUCCUUCAGAACGGCUCGCUCAUACAUUGAGGUCGGAACAUGAAAUCAGUGGCUGGUUGAACACAAUCAUUACUGUGUUUGGAGCAGCUCAAGUUAUUUUCUUUGUUCCGGCAUUCCUGGGUGCUCUCCUCCGACUUCAGUUAUCUCCGGCGCUCGAAAGUCUUGUUCGCUGGGGGCCUGGUGGCGCAGAGCAGUAUGAAGAGAUGAUCUCAAUCAUCUACAUUAUCUGGGGAAUCUAUCUCAUCCGCGCCGCUAGAUCCCCUUUUGAGAAUAUGCUCUUCCUCGAUUUUUCGGUUGCAGCAAAUGUGGCGCACAUCUCCAUCAUGACGGCUAUGGCCUUUUAUAAUGAAAGGGAUCGCGUUCACCUCAUUGGUGAUGUCCUGGCGGCCUGGCUUGUUUUGGGGCCUUUUACCUACGUCUGGACUCUGUCUAAAAGAAAGCAUCGUCGAUGAUCUCCAAAAUAGGGAGCAUUAUCGUUACGGUUCGCCCUAAUACCGUAUUCGGUCCGUAGUUACGAUCAGGUUCAGUUGCCGUUGGUUUUCAUACGCACAUUCUGUUGAGUCAUGCGCUUCCAGUAUGGUACUGUACGUCUUUAUUCUUAUUAUUAUUGUUGUUCGAGUUCAACCUCCUUACCGAGCCUCUUUAGCUAUCAAGAAAUUGGCUGUGAUAUCUGACCAAUAAGGAGCCUGCGUUCUAUAAACCAAUGAUAUAUCUAUACUAGCCCCAUGUAGGGAAUCUGAAACUAGGUACCCGCUUCUUUUAAGAGAUCUGAGCUCCGAGCAGGGCGGGCAGGAGGGCGGUAGACAAAACGAUU